AUGAAAUUCACAAUUUGUUUCUUAUUGGGAUUGGUAACACUUAAUGCAGUCUUCGUCAAAAAGCCAUCUGAUCCAAAUGCAGUUGUCUUUGCUGAAUUGGAAGAGGUAAUUAAUUUCAUUGAAAUUAAUAGAUUGAAGAACACGCAUUAGGAAGAAAAUUACUUGAUACAAUUGCUCUAUAAAUGAAAAAUUAAGCUCCAUUGGCUGAUAUUGCUAGAAUGCUUUAAGAAUUGAGAGAAAACUUAUUAUUAUAAUAAUAAUAAGCUGAAUUAAAACAUGCUGCUGAUGAAGCUGAUUGUGCUGCUGAAAUUGCUGGUUACAAUAGAAGAAUCGAUUAUGCUUCCAAUGAAAUCAGUGAAUCAACAACUGAAAUCACAGCCUUAUCUGCUUAAGUCUAAUAAUUGGAAAGUGAAAUUGAAAACAUCUAAGUGUAAUUGGGAAUUCUUAACGAUUAAGAAGAAACAUUGAGAACUCAAAGAGCAAAAGAUGCUGAAGCUUUUACUCAAAGAAUUAAGUCCACAGCUGAUGUUGUUGAAGCCUUGAACGUUGUUGCUGCAAAAUUAUCAGCUAUUCAACCUGAAUAAGAUCCAAAAGCUGUCUUCUUAGAAUUACAUAACAUGGGUAAGAGUAACCCAAUUGCUGCUUUGGUUUCAAUUGCCUCGGCAUUCUCAAAGGAAAGAUUAUAAUAAACAUAAGACAAGAUUGCUGAACUUAGAUAAUCAAUUGAAUAAUCAGCUGUUGAUGACUAAGAAGCUGANUCAAAUUCAUUUUCCUUAUCACAACUUUCGUGUGCUUUUAGAUGUGUAAAUUCUCCAAAUUUAGAUUUACUCGGCUAUUAUCUGGCCUAAGAAUGAACUC